GCUGGCCAGAAAGGGCGGGGGUGGGGGCCGCUGGCUCCCGGUGGGUACGUGGAGCUCUGGGUUCAAGGUCUCCGCCUGGCCAUGACUCAGUUUCCCCCGUCUAGCCAGUGUGGGUUGUUGGGUAGGUUAUACGAUGAGAUGCAGGUGAGGACUCACCACUCUGCCUGGCACGUGGCGCGGCUCGAGGUCAGUUCUGUGAUUAGUUGUCCACCUCCUCCUGGAGCAUCGGUGUGGGUCCCCAGAGCCCACGGGUGGGUCAUCUACAAACCCCAGGGCCCUGAGCCGCGUGGUGAUGAUAUUAGCGUGGCACCAGCGUCGCCGAGGCUGAGCUGUCCCAGGCGCUGCGGCCACAGGCUUGCAAAGUGGAUGAACGCAUGGAACCCUGGGGCUCGGGGAGGGGAGAGGACCCCCGAGGUCGCACAGGCAGGAAGGCGGAGGUGCUGCAGGCAGGGGCAUCCUCACGCAGUCUCGGAGCAUUGGGCCCCCCCCUCCCGGGAGAGGGGGAAGUGAGGACCAGCCUGCGGCUCCUCCCGUCCUGUGGGUUUAGGGUUGGUUUGUUUUAGUUUAACAGCCUUGUUGAGGUGUAAUUCACCUAACCAUACUGCACACCCACGGGAAGUGUGCAGUUCAGCGCUGUGUAGUGUACUCACGGAGUUGGGCAACCGUCACUGCCCAUUCCAGGGCUUUUUCAUCACCCCAAAAGGAAAGCGCGUGUUUAUAGAUAGGUGACCCCCCUUGCCCUCUCCCCCAGCCCUAGGUCACCACUAGUCCAUUUUCUGUCUCUCUGGAUUCACCUGUGUGGACAUUUCACGUCAGUGGGAUCUCACAGCGCGUUGCUUUUUGUGUCUGGCUUCUCUCGCUGAGCACAGGGUUUUCGAGGUUCAUCCAUGUUGUGCCUGUAUCAGAACCUCAUCCCUUUUUACGGCCAAAUAGUAUUCCACAGUGCGGCGAGACCACGUCUUGCUUAUCCGUCCGUCCGUCUGUGGUCCCCGGGUUGUUUCUACUCUCUGGCUGCUCUGACCGCUGCUGGGACCACGUGGUGUCACUCAGCCACGCCCAGGGUGAGAGUGCAGGGGGGCUGCCGUUUGAGCCUCAUGGCAGUGGGUGAUGGCAGCGCUCAAGCCAGGCCUUUGGUCCCGGGGCCCCUCUUGCCCGAAAGUCCCUCCUUCCUUGUGGGAUGCGGGGGCAGCUGCCUGCCCGCCUGCUGAGCCUGAAGCAGGAGGCCCAGGCCUGGCCUGUCUCUCGGGGGCGGUGAGGGUGGGGUCCCCGCACCACCUCCUAUCUGGGACAGCCUGAUUGGGUCAGUUGCCCGCGUGCGCCCAGGGAGCUGAGGUUCCAGCUCUGCAACAACUGGACUGGGAUGUCGAACCAGCUGCUGACAAAAGGCAUGGUGAUCCUGCGAGACAAGAUCCGCUUCUACGAAGGACAGAAGCUGCUGGACUCGCUGGCAGAGACCUGGGAUUUCUUCUUCAGCGACGUGCUGCCCACGCUGCAGGCCGUCUUCUACCCGGUGCAGGGCAAGGAGCCGUCGGUGCGCCAGCUGGCUCUGCUGCACUUCCGGAACAUCAUCACCCUCAGUGUGAAGCUGGAGGACGCGCUGGCCCGCACCCGCGCCCACGUGCCCCCCGCCGUCGUGCAAAUGCUGCUGGUGCUGCAGGGGGUGCACGAGUCCCGGGGAGUGACCAAGGACUACCUGCGCCUGGAGACGCUGAUCCAGAAGGUGGUGUCGCCCUACCUGGGCACCUACGGCCUCUACUCCAGCGAGGGUGCCUUCACACACUCCUGCAUCCUGGAGAAGCACUUCCUGCGCCGCUCCCGAUCGGGGGACAUCCUGGCCAAGAACCCGGUGGUGCGGUCCAAGAGCUACAACACGCCACUGCUGAACCCCGUGGCGGAGCACGAGGCCGAGGGUGCGGUGGCCGGCGCCACAGGCAUCCGCAGGCACUCGGUCUCCGAGAUGACGUCCUGCCCCGAGCCCCAGGGCUUUGCUGACACACCCGGCCAGGACCCUGCUGGGACCUUCAGACCCUCCCCAGCGCCCCCGUCGGGGCCCUGCCCCAGCAGACUGUACCCCCCAGCGCAGCCCCGUGAGCCUGGCCCAGGCCCGGCCCGCAGCUCACCAGCCUCCUCCAGCCCCGAGAACCUGGUGGACCAGAUCCUGGAGUCAGUCGACUCGGGUUCGGAAGGGAUCUUCAUUGACUUUGGGCGGGGCGGUGGCUGUGGCACGUCUGAGUCUGAGGGGGCAGGGGGCCGGCAGAGCGUCGUGUGACCCAGGCCUUGUGUUUUUACUGACCCCGCGUGUACGCCUGUGCGGUGCGUGAGUGUGAGAGUUUUCUACUCUGUCCCGUCCAGUCCCCUGUCGGCCUCAGCCACUUUGGCAUUCCUGAGUCUUUGUCGAAAAGACCGUCGCCGCCCGAGACCCCGGCACCUUUGUUCUGGGGCGUCAGGGGCUCAGCAGGUGCAGGGCAGCCUCCUGUGCGUGGAGCAGACCUGGCCGUUCCCUGCGCCCCAGCCUGCUCAGCCCUCCAGUGUCCACACCAUGCAGACUGUGAACCCCUCAGCUCGGCCAGGACCCCAGAGAGACCCCCAGGGUCAGUCGCAGAACUGCCUCCCUGCCCCCCACUCGCCUCGGGCCACAGCGUGACCUCCUGUGUGCACCUCUGUCCCAGACCCUCCACGCAGCCCGUCCUCGCUCGGCCUGGUGUGGCCGUGGGCGGGAAGCGGGUGGAAUAAAACUUGUCUGCCCGGC